CUGGCCUCCUCCGCGUGUGUUUGGCCCGCUGCCUGCGCGCUGCCGCUGCUCGUCCUCGUCACUUUAAACCUGGUUUAACGUGAUCCAGCUCCGACCCGGACCGGACCGAGCCGCGCCACGAUGUGCGAGACGGUGAAGUACGUGGACGAGGAGCACAAGAGCGUUUUCCUGAAGCUCCUGAACGAGCAGCGUCUGGAGGGAGAACACUGCGACAUCGCCGUCGUCGUGGAGGACGUGAAGUUCAGAGCUCAUCGCUGCGUCCUCGCCGCCUGCUCCAACUACUUCAAGAAACUCUUCAAGAAACACGAGGUGGAUAACUCGUCGGUGAUCGAGAUCGACUUCAUUCGCUCAGACAUUUUCGAGGAGGUUCUGAACUACAUGUACACAGCACGAAUCAGCGUCAAGAAGAAAGACGUCAACCUCAUGAUGUCAUCAGGACAAAUCCUCGGCAUCCGCUUCUUAGACAAACUCUGCUCCCAGAAACGCGACGUGUCAGAGGAAAAGGACAAGUUUCCGUACGACAUCGUCAAGUUGGCCCUGCCCCCCGAGGCUCAACUGCCCCCGGACUCUGAGGUGCUGGGGGACCAUGAUGACCCGCCCUCUGAUGACCUGGUGGAGUCGUCGUCCAAUCAGGAGCUGGAUAAAUCCCCCACUGCGGCUUUAAGAGUCCAGGAGGCCAUUUUGAAAGAACUCGCCAACGAAGACGUGCACAAGGUGUCGUGUUACGAUCAGGACGUGGACAUGGAGGGCGGGGCUAAGGAGCUGGAGGCGGAGUCUGGGACGCAGACGUUGGGUUUCGGGGGCGACCUCGGGGUCAAAGACGAGCAGCCGACCUGGAGCAGCGACAUGAAGCUGGAGUACCUCCUGUACGGCGCCAGGGACGCCCUCACCUGCCACGUCUGCGGAAAGGCCUUCCUCGACGAGAACAAACUCAGGAAACAUGAGAAGCUUCACUCUGCAGAGCGUCCGUUCAGCUGUGAGAUCUGCACCAAGGCCUUCACCACACACGCACACCUCAAAGAGCACCUGAAGAUCCACACGGGUUUUAAACCGUACAGAUGUGACGUUUGUGGAAAAUCGUUUAUUCGAGCUCCAGAUCUGAAAAAACACGAGAGAGUCCACAGCAACGAGAGACCGUUCGCCUGCCACAUGUGUGACAAGGCGUUCAAACACAAGUCUCAUUUGAAGGAUCACGAGCGUCGACAUCGAGGAGAAAAACCCUUCGUCUGUAACUCGUGUUCCAAGGCCUUCGCCAAGGCGUCGGACCUGAAGCGUCAUGAGAACAACAUGCACAGUGACAGGAAGUUGUCUGUUCACGGAGACGAGCUUCACGCCGCCGCCCUCGCCGCCGAAGAGUCUCAGCUCGAACAGCACCUGGAGAGUAUCGCCUGCUCCUGAGACCCGGACCCAGACCCGGACCAGGACCAGGACCAGGACCAGGACCAGAGACAGCACCUGGAGACUGAGACCGGGUCUUGGACCGGUGGGCAGUCUGCUCUGACUCCGCCCACAUUUAUAUGAACUCAGCAGACUGAAUAUUCUGAAGUCUGAGUCCUGGUCUAGUCCUGGUCUAGUCCUGGUCUAGUCCUGGUCUAGUCCUGGUCUAGUCCUGGUUUUGGGUCCUGUUCCUUUCAGACUCUGUGGGACUUUUGUCAUUUUGUGAUUUUUGUAAAUAAAAUUUGAGAGAUUGUAAAUAAUGUAAAUAAAAGUUGUUUUAAGCCCCGCCUCCUAA